AUGGAUAACACGAUGGGCGAGCCCGACGAGCAGACAAAGCGCUACAUCGACCUCAUGAUCAAGCUCUUCUCCCACGAACACAUCGCAUCCUCACCCGCUUCAACCUCCACAUCAUGCCUCCACAUCAUCCUCGACCUGCCCCUCUUGCUGGACAACCCCGGCAGGGACUACGCGGCCCAAUGGACCGAGACUGAGGAGAACGAGGGCGACUACACGGGGAAGCACACGCACGCGAUGAUGUGGUCCGAGCGGAUCCAGAACAUGUCACUGGAGGGCGUGGGCAUGGGCGCGGACGUGGGAGAGUUGCCACCUCUGCAGCUUCUUCUCGCCAGGCACCAGGUAUCAGAAGCGUCUCAGAAUGAGCCGGCCAACAUCAGCAACUCACCUGUUGCAUCUCCCGUCUUGCCCGAGCAGUCAGCUACACCUGCCAGUGAGCGCCUUCACAAACCUCUAGCCCUGCUGUCCAUACUUAAGCCUGAAGCUUGA